CCAUUCUUAAUUUAGACAUACCUUAACGUGCAGUCACGUUUUACGUAGAAUUUGCCGGAUUUAUCCCAAAUUUUGAUUAAUUGUGUAAGCAAAGGAACAUCAUAAAUGGCUACUUUAUUUGGUAGACUUGGAAAAGUAGGUGCAGCUCUAGCUGUCGUAGGAAGUGUGGUGAAUCAAGCUCUGUAUAAUGUCGAUGGUGGUCAUAGAGCCGUUAUUUUUGAUCGUUUCAGUGGUGUGAAAGAGGGAGUUAUUGGAGAAGGUACGCAUUUUUUGAUCCCGUGGGUGCAAAAGCCAAUCAUUUUUGAUGUAAGAUCAAGACCAAGAUCAGUUCCAACCAUUACUGGCAGUAAGGAUUUGCAAAACGUAAAUAUCACUUUAAGAGUUUUGUUCCGACCGGUUGCCGAAGCACUGCCUAAAAUUUUCACAAACUUGGGCCAAGAUUACGACGAAAGAGUUUUACCGUCUAUCAUAAAUGAAGUUUUAAAAGCUACCGUUGCUCAGUAUGAUGCCGGAGAGCUCAUUACACAGAGAGAAACCGUGUCAUUAGAUGUAAACAACGAAUUAACCAUAAGAGCAAAACAAUUCGGGCUUAUUCUAGAUGACAUUUCUAUUACCCAUCUAACAUUUGGACGAGAGUUUACCGAAGCCGUUGAAAUGAAACAAGUUGCGCAGCAAGAAGCUGAAAAAGCUAGAUAUAUUGUCGAAAAGGAAGAACAAAAAAAGAAGGCGGCAGUUAUUAGAGCUGAGGGAGACUCAGAAGGUGCUCAGCUUAUUUCAAAGGCUCUUAAUGAUGGUGGAGAAGGUUUAAUAGAACUAAGAAAGAUCGAAGCAGCCGAAGAUAUUGCUUACCAAUUGUCGCAGAGUCCUGGCGUAGCCUAUCUACCCCAAGGACAACAGACUUUGUUGGGUUUGCAACAUUAA